AUGGUGAACCCCUCCAUGGAGAAACCCUCCCCUGUCUACUCUACACACGAUAUGACAGUUAGUGAGUUGUCAUCGCCUGAGACACAGGGAUCGAAGGAAUGCGAUUCCAAUUCAGAGGUUGAAACCAAGGAUCCCUUGAACCCAAGGAAUUGGCCUUCGUCGCGAAAGACCAUGCUCUUUGUAUCGCUGAUGACGAGCUCAUUGUUGGCAGAUGGGGCUAUGGUCUGGGGUGGAACGCUAGUCACGGAGCAGGCCAUGGAUUGGAAUAUUUCAAUCACUCACUCGGCGACGAGUAUGAAUUAUGGAAUUCUGCUGCAAGGGUUUGGAGGAAUCUUUGUUGUUCCACUUAUUGAAGCAUACGGUCGGUUGCCUAUCUGGUUGUGGCCUCAGGUAAUCACCAUGUUCAUGGUGCUGGGUGCUACUCUCUCCAAUGAUUGGUCUACCUUCACGGCUUUCCGCUCUUUACAGGGUCUGUUUGGGACAGUGCCCCAGGUAAUUGGACUUCCGAUCAUUCAUGAUAUGUAUACAUCGGCUGAAUGGCCGCGCAUGAUCAAUAUUUGGGGCACCACCUUCCUCGUCGGACCAUUCCUCGGUCCCGCGAUCGCAGGAUACAUCGGCGCCGGAUCAGACUGGCGCACCUCCUUCGGAGUCCUAACAGCCAUCUAUGGCGCGUCCACGGCUAUGGUGGUCCUCUUCGGCUAUGAGACAUACCAUGAGCCUGGAAGAAUGACCAAGCAGUCGCGUCUCGCGUCUUAUUUUGGAAUUGGCAAUACACUGCUUCCCAAGGGAUCGACGUUGAGAUACUGGUGCCGAACAGUCGUGGUCUAUGUGUUCAAGUUCCCGUUGUUAAUGACGGGUAUCGCUAUCUUGGUAACAUUUACCUGGCCAAUUGGAAUCACAACCACCAUCGAUAGCUUCCUGCACAGCCCUCCAUACUUGUUUGACACGAUUGAGGCAUCAUCGAUGCGAUUCGCCGGCGUGAUUGGGGCUUUAUGUGGCUGGGCGGUUGGCCACUUCUUCAACGGCUGGAUCUUCAAGCGCCAUAACUCAACUUGGCAAACCGAGCUCCGCCUCCACGGCGUCUGGAUCCCGAUAGGUAGCAUGACAAUCGGUCUGCUCACCUACGGAUUAACCAUGCAUUUUGGUAAGCACUGGAUUGGGAUAGCCAUUGGAUGGAUCCUGGUGAACAUCGGCAUGGUUGCCACGGUUGUUGCUAUCUCAUCUUAUGCAUUGGAAAAAUACCCGGAGCAGGCGACCUGUGUCUCGGCCAUUUUGAAUAUGUGGCGCACCUGUGGCGGGUUCGCGGUGGGAUACUUCCAGCCUGCGUGGAUUCAGCGCAAUGGGCUCGGGCUGGUUUUUGGCAUUCAGGCUGUUGUUGUGUGUGUCGCUGUUGCUUUGACCAUCACUCCUGUGUUCUUGUGGGAACGGAAAAGGCGUUUGAGAGUUGAUGCUGAAGCUGAAGGUUAA